GCCUGGCUGCUAAGGGCCCUGCAGCCGCUCUACUGACUGAAGCGCGGUGCACCCGCUAUUCCGCUCCGGGUCUCCACGGGCGGGGCUAGCGGGGGAGAACGAAAUUUCGGUUCCUAGCAGAGCGGAGUCAUAUUGGGCAGAAGCCGCGGAGGCUUGUGGGAGAAGGGGGCUGGCUCCGGUCUCUCGUCCCUCCCCCUGUCCCCUUCCUUCCCCUCCCCCCCGCCCGUCCUCCGGCCAAGAUGUCUGACAUGGAGGAUGAUUUCAUGUGCGAUGAUGAAGAGGACUAUGAUCUGGAAUACUCUGAAGAUAGUAACUCUGAGCCAAAUGUGGAUCUGGAAAAUCAGUACUACAAUUCCAAAGCAUUAAAGGAGGAUGAUCCCAAAGCAGCACUGAGCAGUUUUCAGAAGGUUUUGGAGCUUGAAGGUGAAAAAGGAGAAUGGGGAUUCAAAGCAUUGAAACAGAUGAUUAAAAUAAACUUCAAAUUGACUAACUUUCCUGAAAUGAUGAACAGAUAUAAACAGCUAUUGACCUACAUACGGAGUGCAGUUACAAGGAAUUACUCUGAAAAAUCCAUCAAUUCUAUUCUUGAUUAUAUCUCCACUUCCAAACAGAAUUCUGAUUUUUUAUGCCAGAUGGAUUUGCUUCAGGAAUUUUAUGAAACAACACUUGAAGCUCUGAAAGAUGCUAAGAAUGAUAGAUUGUGGUUUAAGACAAACACAAAGCUUGGCAAAUUAUAUUUAGAACGAGAAGAAUAUGGAAAAUUACAGAAGAUUUUGCGUCAGUUGCAUCAGUCAUGCCAGACUGAUGAUGGAGAAGAUGAUUUAAAAAAGGGCACCCAGCUAUUGGAAAUCUAUGCAUUGGAAAUUCAAAUGUAUACAGCACAGAAAAAUAACAAAAAACUUAAAGCACUAUAUGAACAGUCAUUGCACAUCAAGUCUGCCAUUCCUCAUCCACUGAUCAUGGGGGUCAUCAGAGAAUGUGGAGGCAAAAUGCACUUAAGGGAAGGAGAAUUUGAAAAGGCACACACUGACUUUUUUGAAGCAUUCAAGAAUUAUGAUGAAUCAGGGAGUCCUAGAAGAACCACUUGCUUAAAAUAUUUGGUCCUAGCAAACAUGCUGAUGAAGUCCGGAAUAAAUCCAUUUGACUCUCAGGAGGCUAAACCAUACAAAAAUGAUCCAGAGAUUCUAGCAAUGACGAAUUUAGUAAGUGCCUAUCAGAAUAAUGACAUCACUGAAUUUGAGAAGAUUCUGAAAACAAAUCACAGCAACAUCAUGGACGAUCCCUUCAUAAGGGAACACAUUGAAGAGCUUUUGCGAAACAUCAGAACACAAGUGCUUAUAAAAUUAAUUAAGCCUUAUACAAGAAUACAUAUUCCUUUUAUUUCUAAGGAAUUAAACAUAGAUGUAGCUGACGUGGAGAGCUUGCUUGUGCAGUGCAUAUUGGAUAACACUAUUCAUGGCCGAAUUGAUCAAGUCAACCAGCUCCUUGAACUGGAUCAUCAGAAGAGGGGUGGUGCACGAUAUACGGCAUUAGAUAAAUGGACCAACCAACUAAAUUCUCUCAACCAGGCUGUAGUCAGCAAGCUGGCUUAACAGAAAACAAGCUUUUACAAAAUGUACUUAAGGCAACAGUGCGGUGAUGUAAACCUUAAAAGAACUGGGAAUGGCAAAACUACUGUCGGUUGAUGUGCCCUGAAAUUAUUGGAGUUAUGGCAGAAGUGCUUUUUUGAUCAGCUGGUUUGUGUUUUGCUGCUGCAUUUAUCCCAAGAAAAACAGCUUUAAUCUCCAGAAGAAAACCAAAAUGCCACGGGAUUUAUGCUGUAUUGACAUCUCGCCCUAAACAUACAACAUGAUAGUAAUUUGUCAAGGGCAACUAAUGACCAGAGAGAAGAUUUUUGUCAUGAUUUUAAAUACACUGACACGUUACUGUUGGUUAAAUUUAAACAUGUUUUACCUGCAGAAAUUCUCUCACAGAAAUAACCUGCAAUAACUUGAAAUGCAUACCCUUUUGAACACUUCCUUUUCUCAUGUAUAAAUUGAAAUGUUUGCUGCAUUUUUCAAAAUGUCAAUUCUCCAAAAAUGUGUCCGUAUAUUUCUGUACCUGCAGCGUAGUAAAGGUUUAGAGGAAACCCCGUAAUUAUAGUGGCAUACUGUCACUUAGGUUUCAAGCAGCAAAAUAAACAGUGCAGUUCAGAAAUUGUA